GCCACUGAACCUUUGGAGUUUGAUACGAUGAUUAGAAUAUAACUAACGUGGUGUGCAGAAUUCACCAUAAUCAAGAAACCUUUUCCGGGUGGGGGAACCUCAGAAAUUACUCAGUGAGCAACCCUAAUUAACCUGAUUUUUUGCUGAUAAUCACUCUCAAUGGAAUCAAAUCACAAAUCCGGGGAUGGAUUGAGCGGCACCCAGAAGGAAGCAGCACUCCGCGCACUGGUCCAGCGCACAGGAUAUAGCUUGGUCCAGGAAAAUGGACAAAGAAAAUAUGGUGGUCCUCCACCAGGCUGGGAUACUACACCCCCAGAAAGGGGCUGCGAGAUUUUCAUUGGGAAACUUCCCCGGGACCUUUUUGAGGAUGAACUCAUACCAUUGUGUGAAAAAAUUGGUAAAAUUUAUGAAAUGAGAAUGAUGAUGGAUUUCAAUGGGAACAACAGAGGCUAUGCAUUUGUAACCUUCUCAAAUAAGCAGGAAGCCAAGAAUGCAAUCAAGCAACUUAAUAAUUAUGAAAUUCGGAAUGGCCGUCUCCUGGGCGUCUGUGCCAGUGUGGACAACUGCCGGUUGUUUGUGGGGGGAAUCCCCAAAACCAAAAAGAGAGAAGAAAUCUUGUCAGAGAUGAAAAAGGUCACUGAAGGAGUUGUUGAUGUCAUUGUCUACCCAAGCGCUGCCGAUAAAACCAAAAACCGGGGGUUUGCCUUUGUGGAAUAUGAGAGUCACCGCGCAGCCGCCAUGGCUAGGCGGAGGCUGCUGCCAGGAAGAAUUCAGUUGUGGGGACAUCCUAUCGCAGUAGACUGGGCAGAGCCAGAAGUCGAAGUUGACGAAGACACAAUGUCUUCCGUGAAAAUCCUGUACGUAAGGAACCUUAUGCUGUCUACCUCGGAAGAGAUGAUUGAGAAGGAAUUCAACAGUAUUAAACCAGGUGCUGUGGAACGGGUGAAGAAGAUCCGAGACUAUGCUUUUGUGCAUUUCAGUAACCGAGAAGAUGCAGUUGAAGCCAUGAAGGCUUUGAAUGGCAAGGUGCUGGAUGGUUCCCCAAUAGAAGUGACCUUGGCCAAGCCAGUGGACAAGGACAGUUACGUUAGGUACACCCGGGGCACCGGGGGCAGGAACACCAUGCUGCAAGAAUACACCUACCCUCUGAGCCAUGUUUAUGACCCUACCACAACCUACCUUGGAGCUCCUGUCUUCUAUACUCCCCAAGCCUACGCAGCCAUUCCAAGUCUUCAUUUCCCAGCUACCAAAGGACAUCUCAGCAACAGAGCUCUCAUCCGGACCCCUUCUGUCAGAGAAAUUUACAUGAAUGUCCCUGUAGGGGCUGCGGGCGUGAGAGGACUGGGCGGCCGUGGGUAUUUGGCAUAUACAGGCCUGGGUCGAGGAUACCAGGUCAAAGGAGACAAGAGACAAGACAAACUCUAUGACCUUCUGCCUGGGAUGGAGCUCACCCCGAUGAAUACUAUCUCUUUAAAACCACAAGGAGUUAAACUUGCUCCUCAGAUAUUAGAAGAAAUCUGUCAGAAAAAUAACUGGGGACAGCCAGUGUACCAGCUGCACUCUGCCAUUGGACAAGACCAAAGACAGUUAUUCCUAUACAAAGUAACUAUCCCAGCGCUGGCCAGCCAGAAUCCUGCGAUCCACCCUUUCACACCCCCAAAGCUAAGCGCCUACGUGGAUGAAGCAAAGAGGUACGCCGCAGAGCACACCCUACAGACACUAGGCAUCCCCACAGAAGGAGGGGACGCUGGGACUACAGCACCCACUGCCACAUCCGCCACUGUGUUUCCAGGAUACGCUGUCCCCAGUGCCACCGCUCCUGUGUCUACAGCCCAGCUCAAGCAAGCAGUGACACUUGGACAAGACUUAGCAGCAUAUACAACCUAUGAGGUCUACCCUACUUUUGCAGUGACCACCCGAGGUGAUGCAUAUGGCGCCUUCUGAAGAUCCCUUUCCUCUAAGAAUAAGCCUUUACAGGAGGCUCUGUAGAAGACACAAACCUCUAACCAGAUCCCUCAUGAUCAUAAGUCUGCCUUCCCCAAAGCAAUGCCUUCCCUGAGACCACAUGACUUAUUUAUCGUAUUUCUCACAAAAUGUGAAUUUUACUCUUCAACAAAAUCAAAGGUGAAGGAGCCUUUUACUUAACAGAAACCUGAAGACCCGCGGACAGCAAAAGUUCUUCCAAGAAGCCUGGAUGUCUCAGGAAGAGGAUAACACCCUGACAAGUUGGUGUAUGCUGUUGGACCGAGAGCUGGGCAGUCAGUAGCAAGGCACAGUCAGUAAAAUCCCCAUCUCAGUCGCCGGCUCACAGCUGCUUCAUCAUUCACAGAAUGUAGACACCAGAGGAAACCAGGAAGCUUUGUAAGAGGCCUUCAGCAUUGUGUGUGGGGUAUGACCAGGCUGAGUUCAGCAAAACUGUCUGAAACGUUAUAGAUCCCUUGUUACUUUUGGUCUGAAAGUUCCAUACCUUUUAUCUAUCAUAGGUCGGCACCUUCCUGUCCCUGCAACCUCUGGGGACUUUCUAAGUAAUCAAUACCAUGUGUUUCAGAUAUGCUUGAGGCAAAUCCAAGCCAUGUAUUUAUUCAACCCCUUAAGGCACUGUUUUCCUUUAGAAUUCUUACCCUGCUCAAGGACUGCCAAAUCACAGACACCAUGCCAGGACCAAGCUCUAGAGUGAAAGAUGACUCGUUUGUCUGGAAAGUCCGGCUUGUCCAUAUUAAUUUGCUUUCAUCUCAGACUCAUUCUUCGGCUGAUUUCAAACACUACAAAGUGAAUCAGAUCUACAUACAAAUCACAUGAUAUUUUCAUAAUCAAAGUUGACCAAAAAGUCAUCUCAAAGAGAAAAGUGAACUUGGUUGACUUUUGUCUCACUGUGUAGCCCAGGCUGGCCUCCAUCUUGUGAUCUCCCUGCCUCUAUCCCCACCCCAUGCUGGUGUUGUUGCUACACCACCAUACUCACCUCCAAGCAGUCAUGUUAAAAUUGAGGUUACCUUUGAAUUCUCUGCCCAGUUCAUGUUAGUCUAGCAAGAGGCAUUGUCUUUCCCAUUUUUUUUUAAUUCUCUUUCAAUGUGUGCAGCUGGCUCUACCAUGGCUGAGUCCCUGAAACUAUUUCAGGAAAGCCUUACACCCAUCAUGGUUGCUUAGAGACCAUCCCGUCAUUGUUCAGUAAAAGUGUUCCUGAGUAUUUGGACCAUCUGGUAGUGACCAGGGGAGGGAAGCUGCAUACAGGUAAAAAGGGUGGAAUGUUCUGAAACAAAUUAGAUAUAACUCCAGCCUUAUUAGUGAUUUUUUUAGGAGAUAAGCUGCUUGAAUCUCCAUUAAAAAAAAAAAAAAAGCUUUUGGCUCCUGUGAAAGUCUGGAGAAUUCAAGAGAAAACAAAGACAAUGGUACAGAAAAUAUUGUCAACUCCUUCUUGGAAUUCUGGAAUCUAAAAUCAGGUCAAAUUUCAUCCAGUCAAAUGCUAACCAGAGAUGAUUACCUCAUAACCUUUGGGUUCAGCUGAACACCCUAAACAGAGAACCUCCAGCGGAAGCUGAAAGGCUCUGGAUUUUCUGGACAUGCCUUCCUUCUCAGAUUCUUGUCCUAAGCACAGGAACUCCCAAACUUGGCAACACAUCCAAAACACCUGAAGAGCUUCCAAUACGUUAAGGCCAAGCUCAUGUGUUAGAAAUCGUGUUAGAGAGUCUUGGCGUGAGGGCCUGAUGUCAGUGUUUUGAGAAGAUUCCUGGGUGAUUCGAAUGUGUAGCUUGGUGUGGGACUGUAAAGAGUCUUGUAGAGCCACUCCUCUUCUUUCAUUCUUUCCCUUAUAAUUCAACUUGCACCAAAUACGCAAUGCAUAUACAUUGUUUUAGUCAAAUCAAAUGAUCAUAUAGCCGCCAUUUAUAGUCAUCUGACACAUGCUCUGAGCUUGAAUGAAGUUCAUGUUGGCAUCAAACUAAUUCUUAAGUCAAACUUUAAAAGGAAAAUUGAAUGUCCCUUAAAGCAAUUCUUGUAUUCAAAUUUACACUUGCCAUAAUCUCUAGAGAAAGAGAGAGAAAGAGAGACAGAGACAGAGACAGAGACAGAGAGAUUACAUUGACACACAAAUGUCCUCAGGCCAGGCAAAAUUCUCCCCAGCCUGAAAAGACAUUUCAAAUCUACCUGAGAAAGUUUUACAUUUCUUUAAAAAUCCUCAAAAAUAAAUAGGAGAGGGCUCACUACAUGUUUUCUCAAGAUAGAAGAUGCAGUAGAAGAUGGAAAUCCAUUUAAAAGGAAAAGAUAAGUGCUUGAUAACAUUGUCCACUGAAGAGAUUAGCAACAUAAUACCAAAGGCUACAAAAAGAGAAUGGAAGUGUCAAGAAAAGGACCAGUGGGAUGCCACACGCUUACUUUUGAGAGAAAACACAACUAAUUAAUGGCAUCUGCCUCCCUGGGGCUGUUCUACAUACUAUUAAGUAGAUGGAUGGAUGGAAUAGCUGCUGCUGCUGCUGCUGCUUUUCUUCUUCUUCUUCUUCUUCUUCUUCUUCUUCUUCUUCUUCUUCUUCUUCUUCUUCUUCUUCUUCUUCUUCUUCUUUUUCUUCUUCUUCUUCUUCUUCUUCUUCUUCUUCUUCUUCUUCUUCUUCUUCUUCUUCUUCUUCUUCUUCUUCUGCUGCUGCUGCUUCUGCUUCUGCUUCUUCUUUUGCUUCUUCUUCUUCCUCCUCCUCUUCCUCCUCUUCCUCCUCCCCCUCCUCCCCCUCUUCCCCUUUCUCCUCUUCCUCCUCUUCCUCCUCUUUUUGGAGGAGUGACUCUGAAAUUUUACUUUAUUUAGUAAUAUAUAGAGAAGAAUUUGAGUUCCAUUGUAAAAUAUUCACAGACAGUGUCAGUGUGUUACUACAGUGACAGGCCAAAUUUUGGUGUACUGGGUUUGAAUCUAGGGAGAAAACGAGUUGCUAUUUGGGCUCGAGGUGUUGUUAUUGGGUUUAGAUUUGUUGUGCUUUGUUUUGUUUUUUACAUUUUAAAGACAUAUUCUCCCUAUGCAGCUCAGGCUGGCCUCAAACUCUUCAACCUCCUCUCCCUUCCUCCUAAGUGCCAGACUCAUGGACUUGUACCACCAUGAGUUUAUUUCAAGAUAAACUUUGAGAACAUCAAGUGUCAAAUAAAAGGUUAGUUUUGCAUAGUGCUUAUAUUUUAGAUUUAGCAAAUUAGCACUAAUACCUCCUGACCUUAUGAACCAUAUUCCAUCUUCUUCUCCCUUCCCUGAGUGCCUCUUAGCUCUUCAUAGAAAAACUUAAAAUCACCAGAACAACCAAAUGAUAUUGACAGACACCCUGAGCAAUCACUUAGAAGCCUCUGCCAACUUAGAAUUUGAUUUCUAAAGUCUGUCACUUGAUAGGUUGUUGAUGAAAUCAGCUGGGUGUUAGUUAGAACAGAGAAAAAUGGAAACAGGUGGGAUAUGGUCUCAUUUUCCUUGCCCGUCAACUGUUGUCCUUCCUCAAAGGGCUACUCUUCUUGCCAAUACCUAAGCAAACCAAGGAGAUUAUCUCCAACUGCAGCAAACAAAAUGCUCCUGAAUGACUUACGGUGUUUCCACAGCCAGCACAGGAUCGUGCUGAACAGCACUCGAUACACUGCUGGCAAACUACCUUGAGUAACAAAACAGUGACAUCGAAAAUAUCUGACAAGGAGGGUCAUGAAUUAAACACAUAAAAUUAGUUUUUGUUUCACUUUAAAGGUUUUUUAAGUUCUUUCAGUCACAUAGAAAAGCAAAAUGCUUUAUCUGGGAUUUUCAAAUUGUGUUCAUUUUCAGUAUAUUUUACAUAGCUCUAAGAAUUCUUGGUUAACUGAGCCAUGACUGAAAUCCCUGUUAGAGGGGAGAUGCACCAUUUUGUCCUUUGUGGAGGAAGGGCCAAAAAUGAAGUUUAUAUUUGGGAAUACAAUUUCUUUAAUUCAGAUGAAAUUGGUGAAGUUUCUUAGUGUUGAGCAACUCGGCCCUACACAAGAUUUCUUAAAAGUAAUGUAUAAGAAAAAGGGGGAACACAGAAUACUCAAUUGUCACAUGUAGUUGUCACCAAGGAUCAGCUCCUUGAACUCAUGUAAAAGUUGAGGAAAAGGGCAUUGUAAAAAAUUAACCUGGAGACUUGGCGCAUUCUCUAUCUUAUGAAUACACUUUAAAUAUUACAUAUAAAAUUUAAACUUAAAAUACAGAGUGAUAAGCAAUUGUGUCAUAAAUAGUUAGAAAAGAAAACAUGGGCAUUAUGUCAUGAGUUUUUAUACAGCUUGGACAGAUGAAGGAAAUGAGGAGGUGCUCAUUGCCACUUGGUGGGUGUGACACCAUCUCCAUAGCUUUACCCAGCUCUCAAACUCAGUGAUGAAGCUUCCCUUUAUCCUAGCGCUGUCUUGGAAAAACCCUUCCAGGCCUUAAAUUUAUGUCAGUCUUGGAACAAAGUGCAUCAUGUUGUCAGGAGUAAAGCUAUUAGGAAAAUGAUAGCAUUUCUAUCGUAUCUCUUUUCUUGCGAAGUGAAACAUUGCAUUUUUAUCAAAUAAGAAGUUAGUAUAGAAUAUUCUAGAAACCCCUAUGACCAAUAUUUUCAAGCGCUAGGUUUGUUUGGAAAUGUUUAUACAAAGGGCAGUGCCACAAUGUACAUCUUGAACACCCAGCAUCAUUCAUGGCAAACUGUAAAUCUCUGGUCCCAGUUCACCUCGAUUUUGUGGUAAUGAAUUUAUAACUAAUCUAAAAGUGAAAGAAGUUACAAACCAAAAGCCUUCAUUCUUUCAAAUAUGUUUGGGGUAAAGGCUGGAAGGCUACACUGUUUCUCCCAACAGACAUUUCUCCAUUUUGAGAGAGAAAUCAAGAGGAAGAACAAAGCUCCUCGCUUCUCUCUUAUGCCCUGUUUAAUAGAAAGGGAGAUAACAAGACCCAGCCCCUUAGAAAAGAAAGUCACUGGAACGUUUUGGAGACUGAAGAAUAUUUCCCUGCUCAGGGAUUAGCAAUGUUUCUCUAUGGGUAACAAUACAUCCUGUUAGGCAGGGCAGCCCUAGCUAUGACUGAACCCCACAGGACUGUACCCCUUCUUAAUCUCAAAUAUCUCCCCACACCAACCCUUUCCCCCACUGACUCCUUGUUGUCCUAUGAUGGUUUGGUUCUCGGUCUUGCAACUGCAAUAUCUGCUCUUCUGAGAGGCAGGUGCAGCUUGAACUAACGGACUCAGCUGCAAAUCAGUGCAGGAGCUCAGUGAUCUGAAGGAAUGCAUCCCCUCUUGGCCAAGUCACCUCUGCCACCCUCUCUCUAGCUCUCCCUCUCACUAUUUUGUGUCUGUUCCUUUUUUUUCCUCUCAGUCUCCCUGGACUGCAGACCUAGCUUCCACCUUUAUUUGGCAGAGCCAGUAUAAUCUAGGCCAGACUGGACAGGGAACAAGAUGUGGCACUUGGGGAUGUCGGCUUAUCCUACCAAACGUAUCCUUAUUUACAGAGGACUAGGAGAGUCUCAGAGUUUUUGCUGCUUCUCUCCUUCCUUCAGCUAAGCUAGUGAUACCUCAAACUCAAAAGGAUUUCUGUGUAAAUGUGUUUGCCCUUUCCUUUCAUUUAACAGAUGCCUGCCAAGGUAAUUUCCUCUGCAUUUAACUUCUCUGUUCCCAUUGCUCUUCAGCUUCCUCACCCAAAUGCUUCACAUUCUCCCAAUCAAGGCUUUCAUCGCUUCCUAGUGGGAAGUAGCAACAAUGGCUUAUGCUCCCCUUCAUGAACUUCCUGCCUAUCACUUAUUGCCUUUCCUAAUUAAUGUUGAGAAUUUUACAAGCCGUAUUGAUUGACCCACCUGUUCAUCCAUGGCAGAAUGACGCGUCUUUGUCUACUGUCUUCUUUGUUUACUAUAUGCCCAAGGUUAUUCCAGACAUGGGAAAUACAGACACACAUGUUUCUGUUCCUCUCUGUGAUGGGCACACAAUCCAAGGAGCACAUCCUGCACUUUUCAAAACUGAACAUAACUAGAUCAGCUGGUGACUUUGUCACUUGGCUGAAAUCCCCAGAAUAAGCCAAUUCCAUCCUAACCUUUGCAUAUCCAGUACGACUACCCAACAUUGAAGAACAAUGAUUGUUCUUAGAGUCUAAUGAAUUUUCAAGUAUUUCUUACCCGAAAAAUACCAAGAACUAUGCAAAAAUGGAAAACAAAGGUUUAGUUACUUACAAGCUUUAAACUUAUGGAUGUAAGGAAUGUGUACCUGAUUUAAGAUGGUGAUGAGCCCACAGUAGGCUUAUUUACUUGAAAACAUUUUAGUCAUCAUGUAUUUCCGGUUGCUAAAUGUGCUUGUGUUUAUAAAAUUCAAAACUCUAUUUACCAAGCCUUAACCAUAUCUCCAUGUUCUCACCGGAAGUGAUUUACACUGUAGUCUUUGUCUCUUUUACAAAUAUACAAUUUUAUGUUCACACUUGUUAUUUUGUAAUAUAAUUCCUAGGAGAUGUUUCAGAGUUCAAACUGCAAAUAUGCCCAUUUAAUAAUGAUUAUUGCAUCAUUAUCUUGCUUUAACUAUUUAAUCACUGGUAUUUUUAGUGGUAUUUUCUCACAGAAAUCUCUUCUUUUAACCAAUUUUUGUGACUGCUAUACGGUCAGAUAUUACUUUAUCUUUUAUCUUUUAUUGAAAACAAACCAUAUUUCCAGUUCCCAGGGUUAACACUCUUGGUUCUUUUCUUUUUAUUGUUAUUUAUAUGGAUUUAUCUAGAGUACCAAAAGAAAGUUAUAUUAAAAGAACAGUAUUAAAGAAUUGCCUAAAGCAUUAUUUUUGUACUUACAGUACAAUGUUUUAUAGAGCUGUAUGAUCUAACUAUAUUAAGUAAAAUUAUAUCAUUCUAUUAUUAGGAACAUGAUGAUUGCUUUAGAAAAUACAAAUAUACUGGUCACCUUAGAAUCAUACAUCAAAAUGAAAUGCGAAAUGACACAAUUUUGUGAGAUUUCAGGACGGUGAUAUGGGUUUAAUUAUGUUUUCAAGUUCCAUAAUAAAAUUUUAUCAACGUG